UCUCCAAAUUGACAGCUGUUAUACCACGUAUCAAUUCAUUAGUGUAUUGGUUUUUAUUUCUCUUCGCUACGGAAUUUUCGCAAUAUUUUGUCAAAUACCAGCAAUAUAUAGUUAAUUUAAUAAAUAAAUUGUAUGAUUUAUACAAAUUUACAUUACAAACUACCAUAAAAUACAGUUAAUUGUGUAAUAAAUUUAAAAAUUAUGCUACAAAACUAAUAAAAAAAACUUUGUAACGAAAUCCAUGGGAGUAGUACAAAGAGACAAGAAAAAAUAGAAAAAAACAACGUAAAAUACAGGGUGAACAUUAUUAAAAUAUUUACUUGGGAAAAAAUAAUUGCAUGACGAAUAUUUUUGUUGUUAAUUAUUAGCAAUAAAGAAGAAAGACAAGGUUCAACUUGUACACAAAGUGUUUUUUUUUUUUUUGGUGUUUGCUGUGUUUGAAAGCAGAUAUAUGAAGCUGGGGUAUACUGCAUCAUUGGGCAGUUGUAGAUUAUGAGAUGCAAACACGACGACGUCUACAUCAACACGAUACUACGGGAACACAGGAAGAGGGCUAUCCUCUAAUACCAACACAACAACAGCAGCACUAUCAAAACAACUUCAAUAAUAACUAUCCACAAAAUCCUCUAUUUGUAACAACAAACGGUGGUGGCGUUGGUGGUUCGACAACAGCAGCAACACCCUUACUAAAUUCCGCUGCUUAUCAGCAGCAGCAACCACAACAAUCUUCCAUAAAUAUAGGAGAUAGUUUUGGCUAUCCAAAUAAUCAAGUGCCUAUAGAGGACGCAGACGACGACAAGUACGGUAAAGCACAACGUCAGUGGAAUUUACGUUCACUGUCCAAUCGUAUACAGGCCACUUCGGGUCAAGCUUUGCGCACUUUUAUACAGCAACCCUUAAGUGCAGCAGCCGCUGUUGUAACUGGCAACUAUCAAGACUCGACAGAAACAACAACCGGUUCAUACGUUAAUAAUAAUUUUACUACGGGCAAAGCUCAUCCCAUACAAGAACUCGACGACGAUUUAGAGGAAUUGUUUGAUAAAGAAAGUGUUGUAGUCAUGGCGGCUAGAGAUCGUACUGGAGAAUUUAAUAAUGCGAUAAGAUCGCUGCAAUCUCGUAACAUAUCGAGAGCUGUUAAUAUUCGAGAUCCACGCAAGGCUAAGCAAAUACAAAGCUAUUCGGACUUUAUGAUGGUGGCAAAGAUGAUUGGCAAAAAUAUUGCUAGUACCUAUGCCAAAUUGGAGAAAUUAACUUUGUUGGCCAAAAAGAAGAGUUUGUUUGAUGAUCGACCCCAAGAGAUCCAAGAACUUACCUACAUCAUUAAAGGCGAUUUAAACGCGUUGAAUCAGCAAAUUGCACGUCUACAGGAAAUUUCUAAAGAUCAACGACGGACUAACAAUGGCAAGCAUUUGGUAUCACAUUCCUCCAACAUGGUUUUAGCCCUACAAUCGAAAUUGGCCAGCAUGAGUACCGACUUCAAACAGAUCCUUGAAGUGCGUACGGAAAAUCUAAAGCAUCAGAAAAAUAGACGUGAUCAAUUCGCUCAAGGUCAGCUAUCAGUAAAUUCCGUAUCAUCGUCCACAGCCAAACAGGGUUCACUUCUGUUAAGCGAAGAGAAUCAAGCUGUUAGCAUUGAUAUGUCUGCAGCAAGUGAUACACAACCACUGCUAGGGCCACCAGCCAGAAUACAAACCCAACAACAGAUCGCCUUAUACGAUGAAUCCGACAAUUAUGUACAACAGCGAGCCGAAACAAUGCAGAAUAUUGAAUCGACCAUUGUGGAAUUGGGUGGAAUAUUUCAACAGUUGGCUCACAUGGUCAAAGAGCAAGAAGAAAUUGUUGAACGUAUCGAUACAAAUAUACAAGAUGCAGAAUUAAAUAUUGAGGCGGCCCAUGGGGAAAUUUUGAAAUACUUCCAAUCAGUAUCGAAAAAUCGUUGGCUAAUGAUUAAGAUCUUUGGUGUUUUAAUAUUCUUCUUUAUAUUUUUUAUUGUUUUUAUGACAUAGUAAAUUUAGCAAUUUCUUUUUUUUUAUCGUUAUGGCUUUUCAAAAUACUAACACUAACUACAUACAUAUAUAGAAAACGAUAUUUUAUGGAUCUAAUUUAUAAUAAAGAAAAUGGGUCCUUCUCUUGUUGCCUACAAUAUUUUUCAACAAAGUAAAUUACCACAAAUAAAAACCAAUAUUUUAUAUGUAUAUGAUGAAUCUUUAGUAUAUAAACCAUCAUAAUUAAAUCGAUCACUGAUAUAGAAUGAACGAAUAAAAGUUUUAAUAACUAUAAUAAUAAAAUGUAAUGUUUAACGAAAA